AAAAUUCUUCGUGUUCGUGUGUCAAAAGUAUAAUUAACAAAGAACAAUAAUUAUUCAGAAGAAACCACUUAAAAAAACGUUGACGUGACUGAAUUCCUAUGUAACAAUGGAAUAGUUGAACAGUAACAGCUGUUAUAGGGAUAAACUGUUCAAGAACAAUUACGACAGUUCACAACAGAAACGUUUAUACAAGUCUUUCGGAUUAUUUAAUGUGGCAAAGAAAUAGUGAAAAGAUCAAUUAAAAGAAUAAUUGUCUAAAAAGAACAAAUUCAGUCAGUAUCAGGGCGUUAAAAAGAUGUUAAACCGAGCCUUAAAGUAGAAGCGAUCGAACAGAACAACAACAACAACGCGCGAUAAAUGGUAAAGAAAGAUUGGAAAAAGUACCACCAGACGGCGCUGUAGCAACGUCACUAAUCGACACAACUCCCCCCCUUCAGUGUGAGCUCACACGUGCGAGCGUGCGGUUCAUUCGAGAAAGAGGUUAGCGGGGAGAUGUGCGGAAUGUGGAUGUGCGGUGUGUGGAUGGCCACGAUCGUCACUCCAAGCAAAGAACUCUUCCUAAUUCAACUCUGACCAUGAAGGUCCGACGUGCGGCUCUCGUACUCUACACCUUCAUAUUGGUUCUCGGUGUGCCCUUCUUCAUAUUCUUCAUCCUUCAAGGACCCGAUCUAGCUGCGGAAAACUUGCUCCAGCAGAGGAUAGCGGAAUUACACGAACGGCUCCGUCACGCCGAAAUGCUAAAUCAGGAAAGACGACGGGACAUCCUGACACUUCGCCACCACUUUGGUGUCGUCUUGGAGAACGGAAAUAAGAAAUCCAAGUCUCCUUCUAAUUCUUCCACUCACCAUCUGGGUCGAGGGGCGCUCUGGAAAGAAACGCAACAAUAUCUGUCGAAUUCUCAAAAUGCGUUGGAUCUGCAACUUCCGUCGAUUCAUCAUUAUUUACCUCACUUAGUUAAAUUUCCGGACAGUUUACAACCGGUUCUGAAGCUCUCUAAAGGAAGAACGGGAGUGAAUAUAGUAUUAGGAAUUCCUACAGUCAAAAGACAAGUUCAAAGUUACCUCUUAUCUACAUUACAGAAUCUGAUAGAAAAUAUGUCUCCAGAAGAGAAACGUGAUACACUUAUUGUCGUAUUCAUUGGAGAGAGUGAUCAAGAAUAUAUUAAUAAACAAGCAUCUGAAAUUGAAAAUUUAUUUUAUUCACAUAUAGCUAGUGGAAUGUUAGAAGUGAUAGCACCACCUGCAAAUUAUUAUCCAGAGUUUAAAAAUUUGAGAAAGACGUUAGGCGAUCCCAUAGAUCGGGUCAGAUGGAGAACUAAACAAAAUCUAGAUUUUGCCUAUUUAAUGAUGUACGCUCAAGCUAGGGGAACAUUUUAUGUACAGUUAGAAGACGACAUAUUAACAAAACCGGGUUAUUUAAGUAUAAUGAAGAGUUUUGCCCGUAAACAAAUGAGUGCCAAUAGAGACUGGUUAGUGCUCGAUUUCUGCCAAUUAGGAUUUAUUGGUAAAAUGUUCAAAUGUGCCGACCUGCCUAAACUUGUAGCAUUUUUUUCAAUGUUUCAUAACGACAAGCCUGUUGACUGGUUGUUGGAUCAUUUGAUUCAGACAAAAGUUUGCAGAUUUGAUAAAGAUGUGAAAGAUUGCAAGAAGAGAAAAGAUUCUGUUUGGCUACAUUAUAAACCUUCUUUGUUUCAACAUGUGGGAACCCAUUCUUCACUUAAAGGAAAAGUUCAGAAACUAAAAGAUAAGCAAUUUGGCAAAUUAGUUUUGCAUCAUCCUCAUAAGAAUCCAUUAGCCGAAGUUAAAACUUCCCUGAAAGCCUACAAGUCUUAUACGCUACAUAGAGCCUAUCGUGGCGAGACGUACUUCUGGAGCCUUCUCCCUCAAGAAGGAGACAAUCUCAAUUUUCAUUUCACACCUCCUGUCAUGCUGGAAAAGUAUUUCUUCAGGAGUGGAAACGCGGAACACCCCGAAGAUAAAUUUGUAAACACGACCGUCGAAAUACUUCCGGCUUCGUCUCUGACAGUCGUCCCUUAUCCGAUGUUGGACGACGGAUUCCUAAUAGUGGGAAAAUUUAAUAAUCAGAGUGGUAUUGCAGAAGGCACCAUAUUACCAUUAGUGGGUCCAAUAGCAAUAAUGAGGUUGACUAUACAUUCUGAUAGUGAUCAUUGGAUUUUGUUGAGUGAGAUACACCUAAAAGUGGCAGGUAGCACAAAACGGUGACAUAUCACAACGUUUUCAUUGAACCUCAUUCCUAAGCCUACCAAAAGGAGUCACCCGCCAGAAUUCCUCGCCAAGUGCCUUAAGGACGUUACCGUGUACAUAACUGCAAAUUAUCUAUAUUGUAGAUAGAAACUUUCACAUUGGAAUUUAUAAGACGACGUCGGAACAAAUGUCUCUAUUCUUUUUAUCGAAACGAACCACACAUAGAUGGAGAGAUUGAAAAAAACUAUUUUAAAUUACGUUGAGAAUAAGAGAAUUUAAAAGUUUCCGCCGUGAGAAUUUUAAUCGAAUCCGAUCUCAAAUGGUGCUUGUAAACUGCAAAAUGGUAUUUUGUUCGGUUUUAUCUCUUUUCAAAUUUUAAACUAUGUUGAAAUUUUUUUUAGCCAAAUAAAUUUAAGUAUGCAAUUUUAAUUUUCUAAUAUAUAACUGUAUAGAAAAUUUUAUAAAAAGUUUUAUAUUAUAAGGACGAGAAAUAUUCGAAAUAAGUUAUGAGUGUCAUUUUCCCGCAACAGAUGUUAUCAUUCUUUGUGAAGUAAAAUCCUUAUUA